GCGCACAAAACGAUCGUGAAUUUUAGCCGUUAAAAUAUCACGUCUCCAUCGUUCGUAAAAGAUCAGCCGUUGAUAUUUUUAAUCUAAUGACCACAGCAGCGUGAUCUACAAUGCGGACGACAGCACUGGAACGCAGACAAAAAACAAAGCAGUUUCUGUUUUUCAAAGCCCUAGUGAAGGAGCUGGUAUGCUGAAUCGAGAAUUCUAAAUCUGAACUCAAGCUUCAUUCAUUCAAAAUCGAAAUUCACAGUUAUUCAAUAUUUUCGUUUGAAUUCAAUCUCCAUGGACAGUGAAAGUCCAAUUGAAUCAAAGAAAUCCAAGUCAAAGACACCUCGAAAACCAAAAGAAACCGUUCUCAAGCAAAAAUCUCCGGCUGAGUUUUUCGCAGAGAACAAGAACAUUGCAGGAUUUGAUAAUCCUGGAAAAUCUCUUUAUACUACUGUUAGAGAAUUAGUAGAGAAUGCACUUGAUUCGGCAGAAUCGAUAUCAGAGCUUCCCGUGGUUGAAAUCACUAUCGAGGAGAUAAUUAAAAGCAAAUUCAAUUCUAUGAUUGGUCUUGUUGACCGUGAACGUGUUGAUGGAGCACUGUAUGAUGAUUUUGAAACCGUAAAGGCCCGCGAGGUGUGUUCAGUUUUACUUUGCAGCAUUGGUUGUUGUACUACUGAGAUAUACUAGUUAGUAUGGAGCAAAUUGUAUAAAUUGUUAAUUUGGCUACGGUAACCAAUUUGAGUAUAUUUUUGGAGUUGCGUUGGACUUCAAUUUCUCGUGUCCCAAACCAAUGUGUACCGCCGUUCCAUCAAAACUAAAAAGGCUAGCUUCACCGCAAAAACAAACAUGCUGUGAAACAAAAAACAAACAGGUGGAUUAUGAAAUGGCAUUGGAAUAUGCCACACAGAGUGGAGUUAGCGAGGAACCCAGGGAAACAAUAUUCAUACAAUCAUUGGAAGCUGAAAAUAAGAUGAUUGACUUACAUGCUCCAUUUUUUGUUUUCAGGGUCUUUCAGUAGAUUUAGAAAAUUUGAUUUGAUAAUGAAAAUAAAUGAAAGUGAAAUUGAUUAUUUAAAUUAGAUAUCACAUUACAGAGGACAUUUAUUGUAUCGAUUCUUUUUAUUUGUAGGAAAUGCCAAUAAGAUUUAUAAUAUAUUGGAGUGGAUUCUGAAAGUGUUUACGCUUACAUUCUGAAAGUGUGUGCUUACCUGAGAAGUAGGUCUAGACAUUCAUAUCCUGUUAAAUAUAUAUCAUACAUGAGGUUGAUAGCCAAUUAGGAAUUGCUGAUUCACACAAGCUGUGCUGGAAUUGCGAGUGCUUGAUGAUGUCAUAAUUGUCACGAAUUAGAGUUUGAUGCCCUUUUUGCUUUGAUAUUUCUCGGUAUAAAUAAUUUUUACAACAUUUAUAUCUAAUAAUUACAAAUUAAGAGGGUUAAAUCAAAUCCUGAUUUGUCUAACUAAUUUUAGGAAAGCUAAUAAAUAUAAUUAUAAAUUAUUAUUUAUUUCCUGAUUCACAUCCCCUCAAAUUGAUGCGGCUGGUCAAGAAGCAUCAAUUUGCUAACAACCGUUAUGGAUUGGCGCUCUAAGAGCUAAAGCUAAUGGCACACAAUACUCCAUGGAAGGUCGCCCUUAUAGGUAGCGGCGACAACGACGAUGGUUUGGCAAAAAAAUCAGACGUAGUCAACAACCCUGACAAUUUAGACAGCGCCAUAAGCGGCAGUGGCAGCGGCCUAAGCAGAAUUGUUCUUCCAACUUUUUUGGCCAUGAGGGAACUUCUAAUGCCCUCAAGGUUGAAAUCCAGAAACUAAAUGGAAAAAAUUAUGUCGAAUGGUCCCAAACCGCAAGAUUGAUUUUAGACAGUAAGGGAAUAUAUGAUUUCCUAACAGGAGAUGAGCAAAUGCCUGCCACAACUGAUCCAAAGUACAAGUUUUGGAAAUCUGAGAACUCUUUUAUUAUUGCUUGGUUGCUUAGUAAUAUGAAAUCAACAAUCAAAAAACGUUUUAUGUUUUUGCCUACUGCCAAGGAAGUUCGGGAGGCUGUCAAAGAAACAUAUUCUGAUAUUCAGAAUUCUUCUCAAAUUUUCGAUCUCAAAUCACGAUUGUGGCAUACCAAACAAGGAGAUAGAGAUGUCACUACCUAUUACAAUGAGUUGAUGAUACUAUGGCAAGAAUUGGACCUCUGCUAUGAUGAUCAUUGGAAGUGUUGUGAGGACAGUGUUCUGUUUCUUAAGAGACAGGAGAACGACCGUGUAUUCAUGUUCUUGGUUGGGCUUAAUAAGCGGCUUGAUGAAGUCCGAGGCAGAAUAUUGGGAAAGAUCCCAUUGUCAUCACUUCGGGAAGCAUUCUCAGAAGUUAGAAGAGAAGAGGCGAGACAAGGUGUUAUGAUGGGUAAGUCACCUUCUGUUGGUGAGGUUGAAAGCUCUACCCUAAUCACUAAAAAUGAAGACGAGAAGAGCGCUGACAAGAAACCAUGGUGCGAACAUUGCAAACGUCCAUGGCACACACGUGAUACAUGUUGGAAGCUCCAUGGAAAACCUCUAAAUUGGAAGAAAAAAGAAAGAAACGAAGGUCAUGCGCUCCAAGCUGGUACAUCUGAUCAAGAGAAGCAGUCUCCUUCAAGCUCAUCUCCUUUCACCAAGGAACAGUUAGAUCAAUUGUACAAACUUCUUGAGUCUCAAACUUCUUCUUGCUCUAUAGCUCAGAGAGGUAAUUUUCCAAAUACUGCUCUACUUAGUGUCACUCCCAGCCAUACUUGGAUUAUUGAUUCUGGUGCUACUGAUCAUAUGACUGGGGAGUCGAGUCUAUUUUCUUCUUAUAGCCCUUGUGCAGGUAACCACAAAAUUAAAAUUGCAGAUGGCUCUCUUUCAGCCAUUGCAGGGAAAGGUUCUGUUAUUCUGUCACCUAAGUUAACCUUAAAAGAUGUCUUACAUGUUCCUAAUUUAUCAUGUAAUCUAUUAUCCAUUACUAAAUUAACAAAGGAUAUAAAUUGUCAAGCUAACUUCUUUCAUUCUCAUUGCACUUUUAAGGAUUUGAGCACGGGGAAGAUGAUUGGCAAUGCUAAGGAGAGUGGAGGACUCUAUUAUCUUGACAAUGGACUCGACUUCAAAGACCAACAAAAAACAAGUACCUGCUUUGAAUCUAUUUUUGUUUCUUCUAAUAAUGAUGAUAUUAUGUUAUGGCAUUUACGGUUAGGACAUCCUAGUUUUCCGUAUUUGAAACAUUUGUUUCCUAAAUUAUUUUCUAAGAAGGAUCCAUCUUUAUUUCAUUGUGAAACUUGUGAAUUUGCUAAACAUCACCGUUCUUCUUUUUCUACACAACCAUAUAAACAAUCAAAACCGUUUGCAGUUAUUCAUAGUGAUGUUUGGGGUCCUAAUAGAAUAAACACAUUUUCUAAUAAAAAAUGGUUUAUAACUUUUAUUGAUGAUCAUACUAGAAUUUGUUGGGUUUAUUUAUUGAAAGAAAAAUCGGAAGUUGGACAGGUUGUCAAAAAUUUCUUUAAAAUGGUGCACACUCAAUACCAAACAAAUAUUCAAGUCUUCAGAAGUGACAAUGGUAAAGAAUAUUUUAAUAUACUUUUGUCCGAUUUUUUUCUUGCAAAUGGGGUUGUUCAUCAAAGUUCUUGUGUUAAUACACCCCAACAAAAUGGAAUUGCAGAGAGAAAGAAUAGGCAUCUCCUUGAGGUUGCUAGAGCUUUACUAUUUGCAAAUAAGGUUCCAAAAUAUUUGUGGGGUGAAGCUGUUUUAACUGCAUCAUAUUUAAUCAAUCGAAUGCCAUCUAAAGUUUUAGAUUUUCAUACACCUCUUGAUGUUUUUCGAAAUUAUUUUCCAUUGACUAGUGUCUCUGCUGAUUUGCCACUAAAAGUUUUUGGUUGCACUGCUUUUGUUCAUGAACAUAAACACCUUGACAAACUCGAUCCACGAGCAAUAAAAUGUGUGUUUACCGGUUACUCUCCAACUCAGAAGGGGUAUCGGUGUUUUGAACCAAAAUCAAAAAGAAUUUUUGUAACCAUGGAUGUUACUUUUGUUGAAAAUCAACCAUUUUUUAGUGACAUUCAUCUUCAGGGGGGAAAUUUUAAGGAAGAUUCAUCUUUUACUUUUGAAAACAUCAUUACUUUAAGUGAUAUAGUGUUGUCACAAAAUUCUGAGACUUAUAUUGAUGCACCAAAAGAAAAUGCCCAAGAAUCCAUAUUGAAACUCAAUCCACUUAUGAAUGAGGUUUCGACAGAUUCGGGGGCGACAAUUUCAAAUGAAAAUCACAAUGAUCAAAUUCUUGAUCUCAAUAAUAAUAAAGGACCACCUGAAAUGCCACAACAUAAUGACUCAGAUAAAGAGACACAAAGCAGGUUUACUACAAUUGACCCUACUUGGAAGGGAAAUGUCUUUGAAAGAAGAAACCAUAAACAGAGAAAUGAAGGACCCAUUCUCCGACCCUUCCAAGAUUCUGAACCAAUAGAUAAUCCAACACAUCAUCUUGAUACAGGUAAGUCUUCUUCUAUUCUUAAGAGUCAUGUCGAGUAUCCUGAUUUAGACCUUCCUAUUGCAAUUAGAAAACCUAUUAGAUCAUGCACUAAAUAUCCUUUGUCUAAUUAUGUGUCAUACUCAAAAUUGUCUUCUUCAUUUGCUGCAUUUACCUCUAAGUUGUCUACUGUAGAAAUUCCAAAAAAUAUACAGGAGGCUCUAAAAAUUCCAAAGUGGAAAGAAGCUGUUCUUGAGGAGAUGAGAGCUCUUGAGAAGAAUCAAACUUGGAGAGUCAUGACAUUACCUACAGGAAAGAAUACUGUUGGCUGUAAAUGGGUAUUUACUGUGAAAUAUAAUUCUGAUAACACAGUUGAAAGAUACAAGGCACGCUUGGUUGCUAAAGGGUUUACUCAGACAUAUGGCAUUGAUUACUCAGAGACUUUUGCUCCCGUUGCCAAAUUAAACACUAUUAGAGUUCUCUUGUCCUUGGCAGUGAAUUUAGAUUGGUCUCUUAACCAACUUGAUGUAAAGAAUGCUUUUCUGAAUGGUGAUUUGGAGGAGGAAGUAUACAUGGAUAGCCCACCUGGCUUUGAAGAUAAAUUUGGUUCAAAUGUGUGCAAACUUCAAAAAUCCCUUUAUGGUCUCAAGCAAUCUCCAAGGGCUUGGUUUGAAAAAUUCACUCAGUCGGUCAAAAGGCAAGGAUAUAUGCAGGGACAAUCAGACCAUACUCUGUUCAUGAAGUUCUCUAAUGUUGGUAAAAUUUCAAUUUUAAUUGUAUAUGUAGAUGAUAUUAUUCUCACAGGAGAUGACAUUGUUGAGAUGGAAAGAUUGAAGAAAAAUUUGACUAAAGAAUUUGAGAUCAAAGAUUUAGGCGCGCUUAAAUAUUUUCUUGGUAUGGAAGUUGCUCGCUCAAAGAAGGGAAUUGUUGUUUCUCAAAGAAAAUACAUCCUAGAUCUCUUGGAAGAAACUGGGAUGAGUGGGUGUAGACCAGCAGAUACUCCUAUGGAAUUAAAUGCUAAACUUUGGGAGAAAGGCAGUGUUCCUGUUGAGAUUGGAAGAUACCAGAGGUUAGUCGGCAAACUUAUUUAUCUAGCCCACACUAGACCUGACAUCGCUUUCUCUGUGAGUGUUGUAAGUCAAUUCAUGCAUUCUCCCUAUGAAGAACACUUGGAGGCAGUUUAUCGAAUCUUAAGGUACUUGAAAUCCAAUCCUGGAAAGGGUUUGUGCUUCAAGAAAACUAAUGACAGAGAAGUCUCUAUAUUUACAGAUGCUGAUUGGGCAGGAUCAAUUACUGAUAGAAAAUCCACCACUGGAUAUUGUGCCUAUGUUUGGGGAAAUUUAGUUACUUGGAGAAGUAAGAAACAAGGGGUUGUUGCUCGAAGCAGUGCAGAAGCUGAAUUCAGAGCAAUGGCUCAAGGAAUCUGUGAACUUUUAUGGAUUCGUAAACUUUUGGACGAACUGAAAAUGAAAGUUGACUCACCCUUAAAAUUGUUCUGUGAUAGCAAAGCAGCAAUAAGUAUAGCUCACAACCCUGUACAACAUGAUAGAACCAAGCAUAUUGAGAUUGACCGCCAUUUCAUAAAAGAAAAAAUUGAUGCUGGAGUUAUAUGUCUGCCAUUUGUGACUUCCAACCAGCAAACUGCUGAUAUCUUGACAAAAAGUUUGGCAAGACCCAAUUUUGAGCGACUUAUAGCCAAGUUGGGCAUGACAGAUAUCUAUGCACCAACUUGAGGGGGGGUGUUGAAGAAUCGAGAGAAAUUAGAUUUUAUUCUCUUUUAUUUUAUAUUAUUAUGUUUAUUUUUAUUCUAUCAUUAUUACUCAGUUUUACUAUUGUAAUUUCUUUU